AUGACCACUGGCCAACCCACUCCACUACAAUCCGAUGUGGUACUGGAUGAAUCGUUGUUCCAGGCAAAUGCGAUACACUCAUCAACCUUGGCACUGAAUAAAUGGCUGGUUGAGCAGGGUAAACAAGAAGCAAAAUGGUGGGAAACAGGAGCAUCAGCCUAUCGUGACUUGCGCGCCACCGGGAAAACAGUGCACCCAGCCCCAGUACUACUACCUCAGGCUUCGCAAUUUUUUGUGCCGUCUCGAGACCCAUCUCGCACCAUUAUGUGUCGGAUGUUCAGGCCGGCAGUGAAUGGACUACUCAAAGGCCUGUUCCUACAUAUUCAUGGAGGAGGCUAUGUCUUGGGUUCUGCUACAGGCCAGGAUUUGAUGUGCGAUCAUAUCGCCAAUAACACACAGCUGCUUGUUGUGUCGAUUGAGUAUCGUCUUGCUCCAGAAUAUUGUUUCCCUGCCGCAGCGGAAGAUUGUCAGGAUGUCGCAGAUUGGAUGGUGCUGAAUUCCAAGCGAAAGUUUGGAGUGGAGAUGAAUUUUAUCGGUGGCGAAUCAGCAGGUGCAACACUUUCUUCCGAUGUUCUGAUUCAUCUUCGUGGCGCUCGCCGACUUAAAAAUGUCAAGGGUGCAAUACUCAACUACGGGUGUUUUGAUCUUUCGCUUCUGCCCUCGGCCCGUUUGAGCAAGUCAGAAGAAACUCCCAUCUUGGGAUAUUCUGACCUCCAACAUUUUUUCGGGAAAUAUCUUCCGGAAAUGACAAUUGAAGAUCGAAAAUUACCAAGUGUUUCCCCGGCUUAUAACGAGCUAAGCGACCUUGUGCCUGCGCUCUUCAUUGUGGGAACAGAAGAUGCGCUUAUCGACGAUACUGUACUCAUGCACUCUAGAUGGAGAAGGGCAGGAAACCCUGCGGUAUUGAAGUACAUCCCUGGCGGGUGUCAUGGCUUCAUGGUUUUUGAUGGAAAUGAGGUCGAAGUGGCACGUCAGGGCUGGAAAUUAAUGAUCCACUAUCUGAGACAAAUGAUCUAA